CAUACGAAUCUCUCCCCGCAUUUUGCCCUUGGCCCGUUUCAAAAAGCCCCGUCGUCAUCGCCUCCUCCUUCUCCUCCUCCCACCCUCUUCCUCCGUCGUCGAUCGGCGAACGCCCCCGUCCCCGAUCCUCUGCUCCUCGAGCCUCGUCGAAUCGCGCCUCCCCCUUCCCGCUCCCUCGCGUAUCGAGCUCCCGCGGCGCAAUCUCCGCCGCCCUCCUCUCGAUCCGGAGCGAGCUCGUUCGAUCCGAUUCUCGGGGCCCGCCGAUCUGUCGCCUUCCGGUCGCCGCUCGACUUUCAUCUCCUCCGCGCGUCGGGAAUGGCGAAUCGAGUGGAUCAUGAGUACGAUUACCUGUUUAAGAUCGUCUUGAUCGGGGACUCCGGCGUGGGCAAAUCGAACAUCCUCUCGAGGUUCACGAGGAACGAGUUCUGCCUGGAAUCCAAGUCCACCAUCGGCGUCGAGUUCGCGACGAGAACUCUGCAGGUAGAGGGAAAGACCGUCAAGGCACAAAUAUGGGACACUGCUGGUCAGGAGCGAUAUCGAGCCAUUACCAGUGCCUACUACAGGGGAGCAGUGGGCGCUCUGCUAGUUUAUGACAUAACAAAGAGGCAAACCUUCGACAAUGUCCAGAGGUGGCUUCGGGAACUGAGGGACCAUGCAGAUUCGAACAUAGUCAUUAUGAUGGCCGGGAACAAGUCUGAUUUGAACCACCUAAGAGCUGUACAGGGGGAUGAUGGUCAAUCCUUGGCUGAGAAGGAGGGUCUUUCAUUUCUUGAGACUUCAGCAUUGGACGCAACAAACAUUGAGAAGGCGUUUCAGACAAUUUUGACAGAGAUCUACCACAUCAUAAGCAAAAAGGCAUUGGCAGCUCAGGAAGCUGCUGCUACUACCCUUCCUGGUCAAGGAACCACAAUCAAUGUCGCUGAUGCCUCGGGGAAUGCCAACAAGAGAGGCUGCUGUUCUACUUAAGGCGACAGUGUGAUACAGGAGACAAAAUUCGAGUGGUAAUUAACCCAAAGCAGCUUAGAUAUGAGCCCAUUUCCUUUUGGGUCGACGAGACAUUUGUAGAAUAUUUGUGUUGUUCUUUUCUCUUCCCCGAUUUUUUUUCUUUUUACUUUGUUGAGGUGUGACCAGACCUGAUGAACGGUAUUUUUAGCUUCUGAAGAGGCGAUACUUUGUUUA